AUGCCCGCCAAGCACAUGGCAGGAGCAGCCAAUCCACGCCGCUCCGCUCUCGCAUCCAUUUCCCCUUUGAUACAUGUAGCUCCCGUCAGUGUACAUGCCGAUACCGACAUCUAUACCACUCUAUUGUUCGCCAGCAGUUUAGCAUACCGAAUCUACACGGAUGCUGGUGGGCUGCUCUUGACGCGACCGAGUGGACUCCGACUUGACCAGGCUUUCCGGGCGGCGGGCGACACUGCCGCUUUUGCAAGUCUGCCCCAUCCUUCCUCUCUCAAAGCCAUGCGCCUGCUCAUGUUGCUGGACAACGCCUAUCUGCUCUUCAGCACCACCUUCAACCGCCUGUGUGUUGGCGCCGCUCUUGUCUGGCUCACCUACCGUGCCUGGCUUGUCAUCCACAAGCCUCUAGAAGAACUUGUUGGUCUUCUCGGAUGCGAGAUCCCUCAACACCCUCAUGUCGACCUCGCUGGGAUCAAGGCCGAUGGCUUCGUUCUGCACUGGAAGGCUGUCGACGAUCGCAAGUCCAUGCAUCGCUAUGAAAUUCAGUUAAACGGCUCCAUAGUUGGCCAGAUCUCUCACGCCAACACGUCAUUCGCCAUUUCCAAUCUACGUCCGAACCAGCUGUAUAUCGUACGCGUCAUUACCGUCAAUGCUGUCGAAUUCCGCGCUGCCAGUAGCCCCAUCCGUCUCUGUACAAAGUCGGCCGACUCUCAGGAUUUCUUCGACCCGUCGUGGUCGACCGAGUCGGCUUCCUCUGGCCCUGUGAUACGUCCGCUGCACGUCUUUCAGCCAGAUACCCCGGCCAUUCCUGCAACUCCGCCUCCACUUGUCCGCGAGACAAGCAACGGUCCCCUUCAAGCCAAGAAGAGUCUUUUCGGCAGACGUCCAUCGCCGUUGCCUGGCCUCGAUACUCAGCUCUCGUCCUUCGACGAGGCAAACGAUGAAGAUGGCUCGGGCGACAACCAGCAGGCUUUGACGGAGAAACUGGAUGAGAUUGGUCGCGAAACUGCCGAAGUUGACAGACAGAUUCAAGAGGAGGAACAGGAGGCCAUUGCCGCAAAAGCUAGUCUGGUCAAGGAACGUGAUGAGCUGAGAGGCGAGUUGAAAGAGAAGGAUGACACUAGCCGGGACCUUCGCAAACAGGUCAACGCUCUGGAACGGAACAACCAGGCUGCUCAGAACAAGAAGAACGCACAAGAAAAGGCUCUCCAACAGAAGCAGAGCGAAAGGCAAAAGCUCAAGGACGAUGCUGCAAGAUGGCAGAAAGAGAUGGCGCAGAUAACGGAAGACAUGGGCAGCAUUGAGGAACAGAAACAGACAUUACUGCAAGACACGGAGCGUGAAAAGGUGGAAUUGCUAGAGAAGCAUGCUCAAGAACUGCAAACACUUCGCAGCAUGGAAGAUGAGAACAAGGAAGUUGGCGCUCAGAUCAAGAAGCUGGAGAGAGAAAUGACUGAUUCACCCAGCGGCUCCGAGCCAAACGAGCACAAUGACGCUCUUGCCGCCAUAGAGGCUGAGGAGGAUCGCCAGUGGGCAGAGAGAUUGCGUAGAUUGGAGGAACAAUACGUGAUUGCUCACCAGAACAUGGAUGCCGCACGCCGCUACUUUGAAACAGCCAUCAGUCAACUCUCCCUCGUCAAGCAACGUCAGUCCGAGAUAACCCACAUGGCUUCUGCUAUUCCGCCAAUCUUCGACCAACCCAUCUCGAGAGCCAGCAGUCUGCGUCAGAGACGUCCCCCAAGCGGUCCGUCGGCGAACAACUCUAACGGUUCUCCUUUCGCACCUUCCACCGCACCCGCUUUCAGCAGUGCACUAGCUACAUCUGGUCCAACAACCAUUCCGCCUGGCUUCACCACCUCUGCUUCCUCCUUCUUCAACUUUAAUAACGGCAUGACUCUGGAUCGUCCCUUGGAUGACUUCUCCCCUGCUGAGAUCGACAAGCUGACUGGCGGGGCUCCGAUGAGCCCCAGUGCAGGCGCAGAACUCUUGCCUGCAGGCCUACUGAGCAAUGCUGACGAAGAUUUCCUCCCUCCCGCUGUUCUCCCGGGUUUGGGUGCUGGGCUAGGCGCUUCAAGGCCAUUCGAUCAGCUCCAGGGUCCCACGAGCCCAGGCUCGGUCGGCAGUAAUUCUCCAAGCUUGCUGGCCAGUCCACGUGCUAGUGCAAAUAAUUUGAUUUUCCACUCUCCCGAGACAGGCAUGGACAGCGAUCGUCGCUCCAUCAGAUCCAAUCGAUCUGCUCGUGCAGCAAGCGGUAGUGCUCCUCAUACGGGUGCUAGUCGAUUCGGUCAGAUUCUCGGUCUCGACAAGCUCAAUCGCCAGCGUGGCAAGACACUUUCAGAAGAAGGUCCGGCCUUGGGCUCCUUGAGCAAGUCACAGAGUCAAUCUUUACCACGCAAUGACGAAGCAGAUGAACUCGCCGGCUCUGGCCGUCGCCGCAACAGCAGUCACUCUGGCAACUUUUUCGGCCUCAAUCUAGGAAGGACCACUGGGCACACUAAAAGCAUGGGUGCAGAAAGUCUGCCAACGCAGAAACAUAUCGCCGUGCGAAGGAGGCCGUUUAACAUGUUCGGUGCCAAGACUGAUGGCUGGGCUGCAAUCCUUGGUCAAGACCGAGCUGCUGCCUUGAACGAGAGGUCCAAUGUGUUGAGCAAUCUGGGCAAAGACGAUGGUAGAUCAUCUCCACGUCCGAUCUCCGUACACUCCAAUGAGCUGCCUAGACCUUCUCAGGAUAGCUCGUCAUGGGGUCUCUGGUCAUCAAACGAACCAUACAAUCAGAGAAGCAGCCCGCUCAGCUCUGACUGGAUGGCAGCUCCAGCAGUGCCACACAACAUGUGGAAUUCUUCGAGCAGACAAACAUCAAGACGCCCUUCGAUUCAGCACGGUCAAUCUGGUGGUAGUCUCUCUUAUGAUAUGCUUGAUGAUAUGGACAACAACAGCUCCUAUGCCUUCAGCCCGCCGCAGUCGACAGCCAGUCUUGCACCGAUCGGCACGAAGCCUGCUCACAUGCUCAAGCGCAACAUUCCCGACCCCAAGUUGAAUCCAGCAGCCAAAGAUUUCCGCUCUCUCUUCUCGCGACCUAGUUCGAUAUCAUCAGAUGCAGAAGACGAGGAAGAUGAUAGAAUCAAUUUGAUUCGCGCAACACCAAUCACCUCUCCUUUCAAGGCACCACACCAGCCUUUGCCUCUAGAUCUUGAUCCACCGUCAUCACCAGAGAUUGGUCGCGAGUCUAGAGAUGCUCAAUCCAUCAACACUGCGUCAUCUAUCUUGUCCGACUCUCGCGAUAGUCUAGAUCGCAGCAUCAGCUACACAGCUUCUGAUUCGGCUCCCUCGACAUCCAUCACCUCCAACAAAGGCUCAUCCCUCAUGUCAAAACUUACCCGCAAGCACAGCAGCGGAAAGUUCCAAUUCCCAACCUUUACACGCUCCACUACCGAGAGGUCCAAGCGCGAGUCUCAGCUGCUGGAUGUUGAAGAUGAGGAAAGCAUGAGCAAGAGUAUGGAAAGCGAGAAAGGAAAAGGCAGUGUCAGAUCAUGGAGCAGCAUGUUUGGAGUCGGCAAGAAAAAGGACAAGGUUCCUCAAACGCCCAAAGAAGAGACGCCAUCAUUGUCUGGAGCUAGUCUCGCAAGUACUGAGCAUGGAGAAGAUGAUCACUAG